UUCUCAACCGAUUAAUGAUUUGUAAUCAAUCUUUUCUAGGUUAUCUCUUCCGAUCGUUUUCUGCGCCUUAAAAGGCUAUACACAUCCCAGAUAGCCCCAUCAGCCUUAUUCUCGGAUAUAAGUUUCCUCAUGCGAACCAACACACCGCUUCAGCCUCCCUGGGUAGGGUUUGCUGAGGCUCGCACCGACAUUGGAUCCACCGAUCCAUCGGGGAUAUUCCACAUGAGCGCGGUUCUCGAAUGCGGCGUAUCACAGUAUACCGGGUUCCCUGGCGUCAAUAAUCCUGUGCCAAUCGUGCAAACGAUAAAAAAAGCCAUCCUGCACCACCGACUGGAGGCAGUGAGCUCUUGGCAGCAGUACCAAGAACAUCCACAGCGGCACAGCUAGAGUGGCGUUGAAUCAUGACCAGGUCAAUUAGCUGUACCUACGUAAGAAUAUUCUAGGCAGAUUUGUUUACUUCAAUAAAAAACGUAAGAUAUUCGUCUGGCGGAGUCUUUAUAAGUAAUCAUGAUGUGGCCUCCGGUUCUAUACUUCCUCGGGGAGCCAGCACCGACGAACUCGUUUCUCCAGCUUUUCGUAAUAUUCUACUGUAUUUUCCAUCAUAGUAUAUCACAAACCCAUUGUAUUCAUAUCGAAGAUGAAAUCUUGGGUCUCCACGAUCUCAUUGGCGGCCCUGCUACCACUGGCAGCAGCCGACUGCGACAACUUCGAUUUCACGGGCCAAUUCGGCAGUAAUGGCUUCAGCGCAACAUACAACACAACCUUUCAAGUUUCUGGAUGGAAGAACUGCACAGCAGACGUCGCGGCCCAGGAUAACAGGAACGGCUCGUGUUCGCUCGACCGCGGUAUUGGUAUCGGCUUAGAAGUAUACCCCGAAGUCCGUUAUGUCCAAGUCGACCGUGAUGCGCAAAGAGAGAUACUAGCACUCGUUCAAGAAAAGAUGAGCGCUGCUGCAGCCGCGACCACCAACUUCAAUUCGACGAUUGUCAUGAAUUACACGUCGGUCCUCGAUUCAAUAUCCGUCGGAGACGUUGGUUACAACGGAUACACGCCGAAUCUCAACUGCUUCGAUGGCGUCCUCUCCGACUGCGACGAUGACGAUAACCUCGAGGGCAAGGCGAUUCGUGUCUGCGGCCUUAAGUGGCUGGAUCGAUCUCAGGGCUUCAAGAGCCAAGGCCAGCAAUUGUAUGACGGCGUGGAGCACUUCGUUUCUAGCACUGGAAAUGGGACUGGAAGCACAAGCCCAUUACAGUCGUAUGACCAGAUUUCCGGUGAUGCGACUAAUUACCUAGGCGACGACGACGAUGAUCAUGGAAAUUCGGCGGUGAGAAAUGCGGUUGGAAGCGCGGCCUUGGUGGUUGCGCUGCUAAGCUCGGUAUAUGAGAUUAUGUGAGAGUUGCAGCUCCUAAGUUAGAUGACUCCUCAUUCCGUAUAUAGGUUUAAUAGAUGAUGAAUUCACCGAGGAAGGGGGAAAAGCGAGGCUCUCCGCACAUUCCCC